AUGGCUGCCCUCCUCCGAGCUGUGCCGCGGUUGCCAGGGCUGGCUGUGUGCAGGAGGCCUCUCUACGGGCUGCAGUGCUGCAGUGGGCAGGAUUUCAGGAGAUGGCUGGGAAGCAGGUCGCCCACCUCGAAGGAGACACCACCGGGCACAGAUACCGAGAAAUUCCAGAUGAUCUACCGGUUCGAGGCCAUCAGAGCCUUUGGGUAUGUAUCUAAGCUGAAGGUGGCCCAGACAGCCCUGACCGUGGUGGCCCUGCCGCCCGGCUUCUACUGGUAUUCCCAGGGCCUCUUGACUUACAACGACCUGUGCCUCAUGGGCGGGAUAGCCGGCUUCGCCCUGGCCAUGCUGUACUGGAUGAGCUAUUUCUUCCGGAGGCUGGUGGGCAUCCUGUACGUGAACGAGUCUGGCACCACGCUGCGGGUGGCCCACCUGACCUUCUGGGGCUGGCGGCAGGACUCGUACUGCCCGGUGGCCGAGGUGAUACCUAUGUCAGACACCCAGGACCGGCCCCAGGAUAUUUUCAUUCGGAUCCAGCAGUACAGUGGGAAGCAGACCUUCUACCUCACCCUGCGCUACGGACGCAUCCUGGACAGAGAGCGCUUCGCACAGGUGUUUGGGUUGCUGGACUCGCUCAAGUGA